CCCCUCCCCAAACACACACACACACACACACACACACACACACACACUUCCACAUGGCUGCACUCACAAAUAGCCCCUUGGCUUGGCUUCCUGGCUGUGGGAAUGAAAAGGACGCGUAUAGUAACGAGGCGGCUCACUCUCUGCCUGUCCUCCCCCAGACCUGCUGCUGCCUCCCACCAGGACCAGGACCACCACCAGGACCAGAACCAGAACCACCAGCAUGUCGGACCAGUCCGGCUUCGACACGGACGUCUGGACCCUGACCCGGUUCGUCAUUGAGACGGGCCGCCAGGCGAAGGGGGCGACGGGCGAGCUGACCCAGCUCAUCAACGCCAUGCUGACCGCCAUCAAAGCCAUUUCUUCUGCUGUGAGGAAGGCCGGCCUGGCCCACCUGCAGGGCUUGGCGGGCUCAGUGAACGUGACGGGGGACGAUGUGAAGAAGCUGGACGUUCUGUCCAACGACCUGGUCAUCAACAUGCUGCAGGCGUCCUACAGCACCUGCUGCAUGGUGUCAGAGGAGAACAAGGAGCUCAUCGUCACCCCCAAAGACAAGAGGGGGAAGUACGUGGUGUGUUUCGACCCUCUGGACGGCUCCAGCAACAUCGACUGCUUGGCUUCCAUCGGCACCAUAUUUGCCAUCUACAAACGGGUAUCGGAGGGCGAGCCCACUGACCAGGACGCUCUGCAGCAGGGAAACAACAUCGUGUGUGCCGGCUACGCCCUGUACGGCAGCGCCACCCUGGUGGCCCUCAGCACCGGAGCCGGCCUCCACUUCUUCAUGUUGGACCCUGCCAUCGGUGAGUUCAUCCUGAUCGAGAGGAACGUUCAGAUCAAGCCGAAGGGGAAGAUCUACAGCCUGAACGAGGGCUACGCCAAGUACUUCCACCCCUCCAUCAACGAGUACCUCAAACACAAGAAGUACCCCGAGGACGGCAGCGCUCCGUACGGAGGUCGCUACGUGGGCUCCAUGGUGUCAGACGUCCACCGCACCAUCGCCUACGGAGGGAUCUUCAUGUACCCCGCCAACGAGAAGAGCCCCAAGGGAAAGCUGCGGUUGCUGUACGAGUGCAACCCCAUCGCCUUCCUCAUCGAGCAGGCGGGGGGCGUGGCCACCACCGGGACCCAGAGGGUCCUAGACGUAGUCCCUGAGGCGCUCCACCAGCGGGUUCCCUUCGCCGUCGGUUCCCCGCAUGACGUCAACGAGUACCUGAGCUUCGUCAAGAAGUUCCAGUAAUCUACUUCAGGAAUGUUUCUACUAAAGGACAGAACUUAGUUUCAUCACAACGCCGAGAAAGUUGGAAAUUCUUUUUAAAUUAUAAUAAAUGUUGUGAAAUCUCAGAUUUUGAAUA